GAUUUCUACUACUCUGAGCCUUCUUCUCCUCAAGAAAGUCAGUCUCCUUGUAUAGAGGACCAGAUAACAACGCAUUCACUACUUGAUUACCUUAAAGAGGAACUUAGGAGUGUAGAGAUAGCAGACACACAGCAUUAUAAAUCUGAGAGAGUCUCCAACUUCUUGCAGGUUCCAUUGGGUAUUGAGAAAGUUAUCAACUUUGGUAGUCUAGUAUGCUUGGAUAGCUUCUUAUACACGUUCACAAUACUACCACUUAGAGCGACAUUCGCAUUAUUGAACGUUGGUAAAACCUUAAAUGCAUCACAGAAAGCAGAUAUACUUAAAAUGCUCUUGUUUUUGUUAACAAGUGCGUUUCUGUUGAUAUACACAGAGCCAUCAAGGAUGUAUCAUGGUGUACGAGGGCAAGAUAAUGUUAAACUCUACGUUAUAUUCAACGCACUUGAAAUCGCUGAUAAGUUGUGUUGUUCAAUAGGUCAGGACAUCCUUGAUUCAUUAUUCUCACGGACGAGAUUGACGCAGAAACCUAGUACUACACCUAUUUAUCUCGCUCUGGCUGUUAUCUACGCAGUAGCCCAUUCACUUGUCUUUCUCUACCAACUUGUCGCACUCAAUGUUGCAGUUAAUAGUUAUGAUAACGCACUACUUACACUUCUAUUAAGUAAUCAAUUUGUUGAAAUUAAAGGAAGUGUUUUCAAGCGUUUUGAUAAAUCUUCGUUAUUUCAAAUAACUUGCGCUGAUAUUGUCGAAAGAUUUCAAUUGAUGCUCAUGUUGACUAUCAUUGCAUGUCGGAACUUAAUCGAAUUAAGUGGAUCUAAUUUUGCAUUCCUUCCACGUGCUUUCAUACGUUCAAAUACACAAUUAGAGACAAUUUUUUCACCUGUUGUUAUAGUCAUAUUAUCAGAAAUGGCUGUUGAUUGGCUCAAGCAUGCUUUUAUUACAAAAUUUAUGCAUAUUCGUCCAAGCAUUUAUGGUAGAUUCGUUGACAUUUUGGCAGGUGAUCUCGUAUCAACAACGAAAAAAAUUGGCGCACCCGUUGAUCUCGCACCAAAGGCUAGUCGAAGGUUAGGUUUUGCUGCUAUACCAUUAGGUGCAUUUGUCGUUAGAGUUGCAGUUCAAGCACUUGGAAUGCUUAGCGACAGCUCCUCGAUUGAUGAAUGUGCUACACUCCCACCUUCAGCUCUUCAAAGAGGUGCUGUUGUAAUGCAAUGGUUCGUUUGGUUGCUUGUAUGCGUCGUCGGAUGGCUUGUUUUGCUCGCUAUCAAGCUUCUUUUGGGUAUACGACUUAGCGCUUUCGCUCAUCAUAGACAGGCAGAAGCGGUAGCUAGAAGAACAGAAGAUGUUCUGACUAACUUGCAAACACCAAUAGGGGAGGGAAAUGAAGAUAAAGACGAUCGCAUUAGGAGUAAACAACAUUUGUCUACUAGGAUAGACGAUGUACCUAACGCACCAACUGGUAAAAUACCCCUAGAGGAGCUUUCCAGAUAUGAUAUGGUAAAGCGAAUCUGGUAAUUAUUUGUAUAAAAUGGAAAAUAAAGUAAUGUAUUAUUAAAAAUUGGAAAGUUUUAUAAAAAGAAAAAGUAAG